CUGGUCGGGGAGGAAGGAAAGUGGCAUUUGCUCGUUCGUUAGUUUACCGAGCAUGUUAGAGUAAGAUUUAAUUUUUGAAAGAUUUUACGUAUUUUUAGCGCACGGUUUGAUUUUUUAAACAACCCCGACGCAUUAAUGUUUUUGUCAACUGAAAAGCUAUGGGCGAUAAAGUUAUGGAAAUUAGCUAACGCUAGCUAACUGAAUGUCUUUCAGUCAGUUACAUUUGUCAGAAGUUGGCUAGUUCCAAGCUAGCUACUACGUAGCUAACGUUACAACAGUGAGGAUAGGCUGCUAUUUAUUGUGAGCGUCUGAUAGCCUGCGGUGGGUUGUGGCCAGCUAAAAAAAACAUCACGUCUGUUGAGCUGCCGUGAACGUGUUUCCUUGUUUUGGACGCGGGGAGCUGUCUGAGAUAUCCCACCAUGGAUCCAUUUGACAGUAACAGUACAGACCGAGCCAACCUGCCGAGGAACAUGAUUGAGAACAGCAUGUUUGAAGAGGAGCCUGAUGUUGUGGAUUUGGCCAAAGACUCCACUGCAUUUCCGACGUUUCCUGCUCUUGACCCAGAUGAGGUGGUGUAUGAGCCUCGUAGCUCACGGCUGCUUGUACGAGGCCUUGGAGAGAACGACAUGGACGAGGAUGAGGAGGAUUGCGAGUCUUCAGCUCGUCUGCUGGGCAUGUCCUUCAUGAACCGUAGCUCUGCUCACAGAUCCAGCUCUUCCCCGUACACCAGGCAGGCUCCACCCAGGUCAUGUUCACGACCCUCUGCCCGCACCAUGGUUGUAUGUGUGUUAUUCCUGGUGAUAGUGGCCUCUAUGACCAUGGUACUGUACUUCUUACCUGGAUGCACCUUCACCAAGACGGGUUGUCCUAAAACCAACAAGACCGCUCCAAUGGAGCCAGUCUACCCUCUCUCCACAAACGGUGAACCAUUUCCAUGGGCACAGCUCCGGCUGCCUCGCAGUAUACGCCCUCUUAAUUAUGACCUCACCCUGAAUCCUGACCUCGACAAGAUGACCUUCACCGGCCGCACUGUCAUCACCAUGUCUGUGCUUCACAACACCACACGCAUUGUCCUGCACAGUGACAAUCUCAACAUUACCAAAGCUACCUUCAAGCUGGGUGAUGGGAAGGACAGUGACGUUACUGUACUGGAGUACAAACCCAGACAGCAGAUAGCUGUUCAGUUCCCCAAGGAUUUGAAGGCAGGCCAACACUGUGUUUUGACCCUGGAUUACUUUGCUGACCUCUCACACACCUAUGAUGGUUUCUACAACAGCUCUUACACUGAUAAAAAUGGAAACAAAAGGGUCUUAGCUGCAACCCAGUUUGAGCCACUAUCAGCUAGGAAGGCCUUUCCUUGCUUUGAUGAACCAGCUUUCAAAGCCACCUUCCUGAUUAAAAUCAACAGAAAACCAGACUAUAUGACUCUCUCCAACAUGCCUAAGGCUACAAGCAUACCACUUACCAAUGGCCUCAUACAAGAUGAGUUUGAAAAGACCAGUGUCAACAUGAGCACUUACUUGGUGGCCUUCAUUGUGGCUGAUUUCACCCCAAUCAGCAGAAAUGUCUCAGGAACUCUGGUGUCUGUGUAUUCUGUGCCGGAGAAGAAGGAAUACACAGACUAUGCUUUGGACACAGCCUCCAAACUGCUGGAGUUCUACAACGACUUCUUUGAAAUUAACUACCCCCUCAAAAAACUAGACUUGGUAGCCAUCCCAGACUUCCUGGCAGGAGCCAUGGAGAACUGGGGACUCAUCACUUUCAGAGAGACCAGCCUGCUGGUGGGCAAACAGUCCUCUCCUCUGGAAAAACAAGUUGUUGCCUCUGUCAUAGCGCAUGAGCUCGCUCAUCAGUGGUUUGGAAACUUGGUAACAAUGAGCUGGUGGAAUGACCUGUGGCUCAACGAAGGCUUUGCCACUUACAUGCAGUACAUGUCGCUGCAGACAGUGUUGCCCAAGCUGGACAUUGGUAAUUUGUACCUAGCAGUACGCUUCAGAGCCUUGGACAAAGACGCACUAAACUCCUCCCACGCUGUGUCGACUGAGGUUAAUAAGCCAGAACAGGUGGAAGAGAUGUUUGACUCUGUCUCCUACGAGAAGGGUGCGUCCAUUCUCCUGAUGCUGAACGCCUCUCUGCCAGGGGAACAACAGUUUAGAAAGGGCAUCAUUCAGUACCUGAAACAGUUCAGUGGAUUAAACACAGACACUGACGACCUCUGGAACAGCCUGACACAGGUCAAAGUCUCAACGCAGCACCAGAAUGUGUCAGAGAUGAUGAGCUCAUGGACAUCGCAGAAAGGCUUCCCAUUGGUCACUGUAAGCCGAUAUGGAGAUGAGGUGACCCUCACACAGGAGCACUUCCUGCUCACAUCUGACAGCGCCAUGCGUACUUCCAGCUUGUGGAAUAUUCCAGUGACGUAUGUUAAUGACAGCUGUAGUUCGGCUCCUGAGUGCAGACAAAUGUUCACUCUGAAGACCAAGUCAGGCACUCUUAAGGUUCCAGAAAGUGUAAAGUGGCUGAAGUUGAACUACAGAAACACAGGCUUCUAUGUCGUCCACUACGGAGAUGAGGGCUGGGCUGCUCUCAUAGAUGCUUUGUCCAACGAUGUCAGUGUUCUCACACACGAGGACCGUGCCUCGCUCAUACACAACAUCUUUGCUCUCUCCAGACUGGGACGUGUGACCUUCCAUGAAGUCCUCAACCUGUUGAAGUACAUGUCCAGAGAAACUGAGACUUCUCCUGUGACAGAGGCCUUGUUACAGCUCAAUGGUAUCUACCGGCUGCUCGAGAAGAGACAAGAGCACCUUCUUUUGCCCCGCAUGAAAACCUAUAUUCUGCAUCUGUUUGGUUCUCUGAUUGAAAACCAAACAUGGACAGAGGAGGAGAGCGUGUCUAAACAGGAGCUGCGCUCAGCCCUGCUAGAGACAGCCUGUAGUCUGGAUCAGAAAGAAUGCAUUCAGCAUGCCAAGGCCCUGUUCAAACAGUAUGUCGAGUCCAAUGGGACCUUUCGGAUCCCAGGCGAUCUGCAGCAAGUUGUAUUUAACGUGGCUGCUCAAUCACAAGAGGGCUGGGAGACAUUGUUCGACUGGUACCAGCGUGUCACCUAUGAUGCAGAGAAGCGUAAAAUGCUGCGGGGCCUAGCAUCCACUCAGAAUGCACGCAGUAUAGUAUGGAUUCUGAAUGCAGGUCUGAGGGGGUAUAUGAUCCAGACGCAGGAGUUGCCUUUGGUCAUCAGCACUGUGUGUAAGGGCUUCACCGGCUACUUGUUUGCCUGGGAUUUCAUACAAGAGAACUGGGACCGCCUCAUAGAGAAGUUCCCUGUGGGCUCCUUUGCCAUCCAGACAAUCAUCAAGUCUGCCACCUCUCAGUUCUCCACACAGGCACACCUCAAUCAAGUUCAGAGUUUCUUCUCCAGUCUGAAUGAACGUGGCUCUCAGAUGAGGAGCGUGCAGGAAGCGUUGGAAACCAUCAGGCUCAACCAGCGCUGGAUGGACAGGAACCUGGCCGUACUCCAAAAAUGGCUGUAAUACAGGCGCUCCAUCCAGUCUCUGCCCCACUGACAGGCAACAGGGGUGUGUCGUCAAGACAACAGCAGCGUUUGCACUAUAGUAAGACAGUGUCUCUUAACUCCCUUUAUCCAGGCCAGAGUACUAAUCACAGCCAGAGGUUGUGCUCUACCUGGGUGGACAAGGCGUUAGAUCUUCUGAGAUUGGUCCUGUGAGUUGUAUUUGCUAGCUCAGGGUGGCUCUGAUCAUGUGUCUGACAGGAAGCAGUCGGAUGCAAACACACACUCCUCACACUUUAUGCUGUUGACCAAACCUCUCCUUUGUGGCUCUCAUCUAAACCUCAUGCCUGAGCAGACAGUCAUUCUUCACCCACACUCCUUUCGCUCAGCCUGCUCUCAAGCAGUCAACUGUACGAGCUGUGUAACGGCCACUUCAACAAGAGCAAGUACGAAGAAUGUCAACAUUACUGUGUUUGUAUGUUUCGUCAGUCAGUCCCGGACUUUAUCUCAAAUCUUUGGAUAUAUGUUGAUGCAGCUGUCAGGGAUUUCUUAGUGAUGAGAAUUUGAAAUCACAGGUAUCCUAGAAAGGAACUAUUCUUUAAAUUAACCUUGUAUUGCCGUGUAAUGAAACUUAGACACUCAUGCAACCUGAAGCUUUGCUAUGUUUGUCAUGAUUUGGCUAGAAGAUGGGUUGGGUAAUUGAUGGAUAGCUUAAAAUACCAAACUUGUGUUGCCAUCAAUUGAAUGUACUGAAAAACCUUCCCACUGUGUACAGUAGAUGGCGUACUGUACAACAGCGCAGGUUUAAAUCAACCAAUGUGUCUUAGUUGAGAGCAGACAGUGCACGCUGGAGCCAAAUGUUUCUUUCUCCAUAAGCCCAGUUUAGCUCCGAUCACCAGGUUUCUUUCUGAUAGCUUUCUGCCUGCAGUGCAGUCGCCGCACACGCUCAUUCUUUAACACGGUGUGCUUGUAAACUUGUAAUUAUAAUGUAAAUAUGCUCAACCCUACAGCAUUUACCCCUGCGAGUUUGGAUGUACUGUUUUAAACAUCUUGACUUUUAAUAUUUUAGUAUUUGCUUUGUGUCAUGUAUAUAGAAUGUAAAGAGGAAAUGUAUACGUAGAAUUGACCGAGAGUCUUGGUCAAAUACUUUCACUGUAUUUCUUGAUUGAGACCACCCCAGGGAGGUUGUUUGCUGACGAAUGUUUGUGUUUUAAGGGCUAAUGUGCAUAUUGAAGAUACAAAGUGUAAAGAAGAACAUUUAUAUUGGGCAUGACUAAUCUGUCCAGUAAGCUGCUCGUCAGCCAAAUAAAAACACAUAAGGUUUAGAAGUUACUCCAAUGUUACCCGGUCAUGUUGCUCCUGAGAAUGAGGGGUAGCUCAUCUAUUUAUUGAGUGUGUCUAAACAUGUUUCCAAGAUUUUAUUUGAAUACAGUUGUACACUCAUCCCGAGCUUUAUUUUAUGUGGUACUGCGUACUUAUCCACUCCAUCACUGUCGUAAAUAUUCAGGAGAAUUGAGUAAAUAUGGGAGAUUUUAUUUCCUUUUUAUCCCUUGCAUCUUCAUGAGACUUUCAUCUUUGCUUUUUAUCAUCUUUGGAAGUCUAUUUGUCUCAUUUAUGUCCUCAAAAGUGUCUCAAAUGCAACACACAUUGGUUAAAUCCCUGGUACUGUUACCUCUUCCCUGUGCACAGGUGGGAAACCUUUAAAAGGCUCAUGUGUUUGUUGCUGCAAUGGCGACCCCUACUGGUUGGUUGAAGUAACUGCCAGGAGGAGUGGGAGCAAGGAGACCAGUGAAUGUUAGGGAUUAUUGUUGCAGUGUAAAGGAUCCCAGCACAGAGACUUGUGUAUUCCAAACUGGGAGUCUGAAUCUGUCUAAGGGUAGCAGGAGUAUUGCCAUUGACUUGUUCCACUCAGUCAGACAGUGCAAAUAUUCAUCAAGAAUUUGGCAUUUGAGAUUAUGCCUUUAAAUACACAUCUAAUGCUUUACGCCCUGGCUAAUUGUGGAUCGUACCAUUUUACGGUGAAAAACUUUUUCCAGCUGCCAGCAGUGAGAUGAAUUAUUCAGCUUUAUUGAGACUCUGGGACUUUGAUGUUCCAACAUAUUUUAGUUAGAGAGUAACUGUUUCAUGUGAAGUCAGUUGCAAUAAGCUUUAAGAGAUGAGAAUUGCUGAUGUCAUUCAGGUACCAGGUUCAGAUGAAGUCGUUGAGUCAGUGAUGUGGUGAGAGGAUAGUACCACAUGUGCAGUAAAAACCCAAUCAGAUGUUUUUUUGUUUAUGCACUGGGAUGAAAUGCUGCAGAUGCUUUUAAAACUGUGUUGCUCUUUAUGUGAAUAAGAUAUAAAUAAAAGUUGUUUUAUGAA